AUGGGGUGGGCUUCAAGGUGGCUCCGCGGGCUGCUUGGCGGCGGCAAGAAGGCCGGCGAGCACAAGCCGGAGAGGGAGAAGAAGCGCUGGGGCUUCGGCAAGUCCUUCCGGGAGAAGGACCCGUUGCGGCCGCCGACGCCGCCGGUGCAGCGGGCGGCGACGCCCCGCCGCACCUACGCGGCGUCGGAUGACGGCGGCGACGAGCAGAACAAGCGCGCUAUCGCCGUGGCGGCGGCGACGGCGGCGGUGGCCGAGGCCGCCGUUGCCGCGGCGCAGGCGGCCGCCGCCGUGGUGCGGCUGACCAGCAGCGGGCGGUGCCCGCCGGCCGGGGCGAAGCACGAGGAGUGGGCGGCCGUCCGGAUCCAGGCCGCUUUCCGUGGCUACCUGGCGAGGCGGGCACUGAAGGCGCUCCGCGGGCUGGUGAAGCUGCAGGCGCUGGUCCGCGGCAACAUCGUCCGGCGGCAGGCGGCCGAGACGCUCCGAUGCAUGCAGGCGCUCGUCAGCGUGCAGUCCCGCGCGCGCGCCAGCCGUGCCACCCGCUCCCGCCAGGCCGCGGCGCACCCGGGGGCGACGACGCCGGAGAAGUACGAGCAGGCGGCAUACGAGGGCUCGCUCAGGCACGGCCGCUCCGGCUCACUGAAGGGAGGCUCGUCGAAGACACCGGGCGGCGAGAGGAUGAGCAGGGAGAGGUCAGAAUCCUGCGGGAGGAACUGGCUGGAUCGGUGGGUGGAGGAGAGGUACAUGGACGACGAGAAGAACGCCAAGAUUCUGGAGGUGGACCCCGGCAAGCCCGGCCGGCACGCGUCCAAGAGGCGAAGCAGCGGCGGCGGCGGCCACCACCAAUCGUCGUGCUCGACCAGGACAUCCGAGCAGAACAGCCGGAGCUACGCGACGAUGCCGGACUCGCCGUCCAGGGACUCAACCACGGCGCAGCAGUCCGUGCCCAGUCCGUCCUCGGUGGGCAUGGUCAUGGGCGCGGCGGAGGCCCUGAGCCCGCUGCGGCUGCCGGCGGACCUGGCGGCGGAGCUGUACGAGAGCCCGCAGUUCUUCUCGGCGACGUCGCGGGCGGGGAGCUCGAAGCGGGGCGGCGCCUUCUUCACGCCGACCAAGAGCGAGUGCGCGCGCAGCCUCUUCGGCGGCUACUCCGACUACCCCAACUACAUGUCCAACACGGAGUCGUUCCGCGCCAAGGCGCGGUCGCAGAGCGCGCCCAAGCAGCGGCCGCUGUACGAUAAGUCCGGGUCCCUGCGGAAGGCGUCGGCGCACGCGUUCGCGCCGGGGGCGGCGGCGGGGCAGAGGUCGUCGGCGUCGGCGUCCCUGCACGCCAGGUUCACCAACAAGGCCUACCCCGGCUCCGGCAGGCUGGACCGGCUCGGCAUGCCCGUCAAGUACUGA